AUGGUUGACGUGGCCACUACGCUGCGGAACAGGACAGACUGCCUGAUGACUUGCACGCAGGAGAACUUCCCUGAAGGAGGCUGCGAGGAAGAGCUCGACAGAACGAUCGAGUACCGGGGAAACAAGUACACACGAUUCUUUUCUUUCCCAGCUCCUGAGGGCGUCACCCAGUCGAAGUACUCUGGUGACUACUUUGAGUCGUACACGCGCUGCGAAGACAUGGCGCUGGAUCCUUCUGGCGCUCUUUGGAGACAGUUUGCUUCGCAGUCGUACCGUCAGCUGAUCAUUCAACAAAAUUAUACGAAAGUCUGUGAAAUCUUCAGAACCUCCGCGGACUUCUGUGACAAUCACGAGGAUAGGCUUCACACCUGCUUCCUCGGUUGCCGCCGACCCGAGGACACGGCGGCGACGGGGUAUACCAUGGACAAUCGUCCACCUUGUGUGUCAGGCGAAGAAACGCGACCGCCUUUACUUUGCAUCUACCCGGAUGAUAUCGCCAAGGAUACGUUUUUUGACAAGAUGGUUGGGUCCACAUGCAUCUACGCUCACGCAAUUAGUGCCGACAAGGAUUCCAGCGUCUCGUCCGCGUUCGCGCCGCCGAUCUGGUGUUUCGGGGCUCUCCAGCUCUUCGGCGCGAUCUUUGCCGCAAAUUUCUUGCAGUUGGUCUUUGAGAUCCUGCUGCUUCGGGUCCUUGACAUGGCGGACAAAUUCAUCGAGCAAUCCCUUGCUCUCCGAAGUCGCAAAUGCCUCUACAUCUCGCUGAUAUCUGUCAUCUUGGGUGUCGCAGUGUUCGUAAGUCUCGGAGCCGUGACGAUCCUCCGACGAGUAGGACUCGAGACUGCCUUAGUCAUAUCGUUUUUCCUCGCCCUCGCCGUCGACCAAGUCAAGUUUUUCCUUGUCCAGCCCAUCAUCUGGUGGGUUCUCUUGCGCCGAUGCGGCAAAUUGUCACCCGCCGGAGUUCAAGAGUACGAUGACGACUAUCUCACGCUAUUCCAGGCAGAAACGUCAUUGGUAGACACAGCAAGGAAGGCGGUCGGCGACUUCAUGUCGACGAUUGUUUUCCAACGCGUUCUUCUCAGUUUUCUGCUCGCGUACACCGCCUUCCUUCUGAUCGAAUUCCUCCUGUUGAAUAACGUGCCAGACUACAACCUCGUCGUUGUUCCCAACAUCGACCAAGGACGGGUUAUAGCAAGGCAAAUCGACAAUGUCUUCACAGUCAUCUUCGCAUUGGAGGUACUAGGGAAGUUCGUUGGGUACGGCCUAAUAUAUCUGAAAGACCCUAUCGAAUCCUUCGAUACUCUUGUCGUAAUGACGACCUUCACCUUGCUCAUUUUGGGCUUCUACGUAUCUGGAAUCGGUCUGCUGCGUAUUCUUCGACUGCUCAGUGCGUUAGCGUUGCUGCACAAGUACCCUGACUCCAGAGAGCGACGCCCCGAGUGGUCUGCAAACAAUUCCUCGAAGUUGGAAAAGGCCUCUUCGAUAGUCGAAGGCCUGCUGACCAACGUGCAUAUUCCCAAGUACUUCAAGACGGAGCUUGACUGGGUCUGGGAUUCCAUUCUUUCCAACAAAGUCUACGACACUCAUGUCGAAAACGAAGAGGAAGAAGAGGAUCAGGCGACAGAGGCAAGUUUUAGGCUCUCUCUUUUUACCGAGAAGUCCACCAUCAUUGCCAGCGCCGACGCCUCCCGCAAGACGCAAGCAGCCGUGCGCGCGUCUCGGGCUCAGUCGCGGGCUUCCAAAGUUCCUCACGGCUCGUCAAGCAUGGUGAUCGGCAGCACGAACGGCCGCAUUUCCGGUCAAAUGUUGGAGAAUUUGAGGGAACCGGACCCAAGAAUGAUGGACGCUGCACUGUACCGGUCUGACACGCGCAACCUCGAUCCCCUAACUGCCACUGUUGGUGGAAUGAAAAGCGCACCCUCAAUGUUCACAAAGGGGAGCAAAUCAAGCACCAUGAUGGGUUCCUCGGCCUCUAAGUCCUUUCGGACAGAACGAAACAAAAAGUCUAUUGACAUUCUCGCAGUUCUUUAUCAGGCGUCACAAAUCACGGGGGCGGAGCAGGAGCAAGUAAACGAGGCCAUGCGGCCGUUCGACGAAUGGCAGUGGGACGCACUGCAUGCCAGCGACGUGUGCGACAUGAAUCUCCUCCCUGUCGUUUUCGUCCGGGCAAUUGCGACCUUCCCGACGAUCAUGACGAAAUUCAACUUCGACUUGGACCGCCUCUUCGAUUUCCUGAAAGUCGUUCAAACGUCAUUCCAGAAAAAUGUGAAGUUUCACUGCGCAGCACACACUGCCGACAUGAUCCAAGCCAUGCACUAUUUCCUCACGAUCGGCAAGCUCGGAACGCUGCUAAGCGAAUACGAUGUUUUCUUGUGUCAUUUCUGCGCCCUGGUUUGCCACUUUGGCCAUCCGGGCGUGUCCAACACAUUUCUGGUGAAGUCGCGUCACCCACGUGCUAUUCGGUACGACGACGAAUCAGUGAACGAGAAUUAUGUGGCGUCGACAAUUUCGUGCUUGGUGGCACGUGAUGAGUACAACUUCUUUGGAGACAUGAUGCCGCUCUGGCAAGUUUUUAGACUCCACAUGAUCGACAUUCUGCUGAACUUCGACAUCUCGAAAUCUGCGCGUCAAGUGGCGAUGUUCCGCACCAAAGUGUCCAUCAAGUUUACGGCGGCCACACCAGCAGACAAGCAACUGCUUCUCACCAUUCUUCUGAGGGCGUCAGAUUACAGCUUCACGUGCCGGCAACUGGCAGUCUACAGCAAAUGGAAGGACAGAAUGAUCGACGAGUUCUUUGCGAUGGGAGACACCGAGAAGCAGCUGGCUCUGACAGUUUCUCCGUUCUGCGACCGAGAACUUACUAACGUCGAUAAGUGUCAUGUAGCCUUCGUCGAAGUCGCCGUAAAGCCCCUCAUGACGGUUUUGGUCCUCGGCUUGGCUCCUCAUCUCCAGAAAGACGUUCUCGACACUCUGGAGGCCAAUCAGAAGAACCUGAUGCAAAAGUUGGACAAAAAUGAUUGA